CACCAGAUUAAGACUGAUGUUCCAAUUAAGCCAUUCAGAAAACUUCGUCUGCAUGUGAAUGUACUUAUUUUGCUGUCUGCAGGCAAGACAUCGAACAGGGACUCAAGUGACUUGAAUAUUCUUAAAACUAUUUUCUUUCGGCGAAGAACUGAGGCUGUUUAUCAACUAGUAAGGCGUUCCAAACCAGAAUGCUCACUAUAGGCACCAAGUUUCUGGUGGUGAGCCAGGUUUUUACAGCGGUAACUUUGUACCAAGUCAUCAACAUGUACCUAAACUGGAAGGACACGAGUAGCUGGCAGGCUGCUUUCAGGGGACUAGUGGUAUUCUUCACGGGUGCCGGAGGCCUUGUCACCUAUGACAUAUACAGGAAACGACCCGCUAAAAGCCACACGUGGAGGACAGUGUUACUACAGUACACUCUUACACAAAUAUUCCGAAUUAUUGUGUACUUUUCUCUCAGGAAUUUUGAGACAGCAAGCAAAAACAUCAGCAAAAUGCAAGAAGAUGCAUUAAUGUUUUACAUUCGCACGCUGGAAAAUACGGAGUUUGGCAAGAAACACAAUUAUUCUCAGAUGCGGACGAGGGAAGAUUUUUUGAAACUGCACCCAGUUUUGUCCUACACCGACCUUAAACCUUACAUUGACAAAACUAUAGCGGGCAAAAAAAACCAAAUCACUCCAUUUGACCCGUUUUACAUCGCUUUUACUUCAGGGACCACCGGUAAAAACAAAGCGUUCGUAUAUGCAAAGGAGAUGUUUGCCAAACCUUCAAAGAUGCUUAAAGCUCUUCUCUUUAGGACUUUAAGAUUUAAGAGAGCUGGAUUAUGGGAUGACCUGAAACGCUAUCACGAGGUCAGAAUAGGAGUCAAGACAAAUAUUACUGACAGUGGCAUAAGAACUGGACCAAUAGCCGGAAUGUAUACAUUCUUUCCAAGUUAUUUGGUUUCACCACGUGUGGUGUAUGACGUCACUACCGAAAACGAGGCCCAUUAUUUACAUGCACUCUUCGCACUAAAAGAUCCUGGUAUUGGGACUUUCAACUUCUCUUUCCCGUCUGUUGCUACCCGGUUUUGUCAAACUUUGGAACACCAGUGGCCACAGCUAUGUGACGAUAUAGAACACGGUGCCCUGAAUACAGACUUGGACAUACCCGAGGACAUCAGGGAAAGGUUGCAGACCGAUAUGAGGGCGGAUCCCCAAAGAGCUGCUGAAGUUCGUCGGAUCAUAAGGCAGGGCUUUGACGGAAUUGUGCGCCGUUUAUGGCCGGAAUGUAACGCAGCUCUAAUGUUGAGUUCAGGUUCUCUUCUUCCUGAGGCCGAGGGAUUGAAGCAGCAUUAUCUGAAAGAUGUUCCGUUUUGUAAUCCCGUACAUGCCGCUACUGAGGGAGUUUUCGGGUUUUGUGACCCUGACGACAACAGCCAAACGCGGUUCAUUAUGACGACUUCCUUAAAUCACUUCGACUUUAUCCCCCUGGAGGAAACAGAUAAACCAUCUCCCCGUGUGGUACCUAUUGAGGAGGUACAAAUUGGACAGUGUUAUGAACUGGUUAUAACAACCGCGGUUGCCGUGCGUUACAGACAAGGUGACGUGGUGAAGAUAGUGGAUUUUUACAACCAGGUUCCAGUAUACGAGUUCCAAUAUAGGCUGGGACAAAUGUUGAAUCUUUUCUGGGAAAAGAUGACCGAGGGGGCCUUUGUUCACGCACUCCGAGGAGCAGCCAAGCGCAAUGAUGUUGACGUAGUUGAAUAUACUGCGACGGAGAACGUCAACUUUGAAGCUAUCGCUGAGCCUCUACAAAAUGGACGGCACUACGUAUUGUUUAUGGAGUUGUCAGAAAACUCAGACAAGGAACAAAGGAGAUUGACUUCACAGCAGAAACAGAUGUUUGAAGACGUUUUGUACGAAGAACACGAAGUUUACAAGAUGCUGAGAGAUAAUGGAAGUAUUCUCCCCAUGAAAGUUAUCCAGGUGAAGACCGGUGCGUUCAAUGCCUUGAAGAACGCCGUAGUGGAAAAUGGCCCUUGUGGUCACUUAGUCCUGUGUUGGAGGAUGGAGGACAAGGCUGAACACGCCUUUACAGCCCCCUCGACCAAAGUCAGCUCCAGCCGCUUCGUGCAGCAGCAGCACCACUACCACCUUCACCAGCGGCAGCAGUUUAGAUACUGA